AACGCAUCCUAACGACUCCUUUGAAGAUUUGACAGUUUGCAGAACUGAAUGCGGAUGUUGGCAGGCCUCGGUCGAUGUACGUGGAUUUGUCUGCACCGGAAAGUCGGUAAAGUCGCUAUUUUCAGCUAUAUAAACGUUUGAAGAGCAAUAACUCCGGAACAACAACCAUCACUUUUAACAGUUUUAUUCUUAAAGAAUCGAGAAAAGUAACCCAUCUUGGAACUUUAAUCUACAAAAUGGCAUUUUAUAACCUUCGAUGCAGAAGAUUAUUUAUAUAUUUACCAUUAAUGUUAGUGCUGUGUUCGAUGACGAGCGGACGAGAUCACAACAAUAGCCCUUCUCCAAGCGAGCAUAAGAGAACGGUGGCUUUAAACAAGGCAACCGAGCGAUUUUUAGCUCUUAUAUUUGAGGAUUACUCGGAUAAUUCGACUCGACGAAUCUCCGCUUCACGGUUCAACGAUAUUUUAAAAGAACUGAAUCUGGGGGAGGUUACUUCGGCGGAACAAUCGACUGAAGACAAACCAAAUGAAUAUCACACACAUGAACAUAGACCUGUGAAACAACCGAGCUUGAGGAACUCGAGGAGGAAAGGCCCAUCCAAAGUUGCACAAAAUUCACAGAAUUUUCAAGACAGAGAGCAGCGGAAAGUGCACGAAAACCGACAUGAACAACGCAAGCAGCGGGUAAGUACAAAACAUGCAAUUUUAUUAUUCUUAUUGUUUAAAAUGUCUUCUAAUAUUAUCACUGUACUAUGACUACGGUUUCAUUAAAACCACAGUUAAAUUUUGCGGAUUCUGGUUCGUUUUUUCGCCUUCAGAUAGAAGGGUGAACCCGAUAAAUAAAAACGUUCCGGUUUGGUCUAGUCUGCGGAGAUGUUGAUCCUGAUACCGGCUACCGUCAACUUCCUUUAUAGCGGACAUUGUAGGGACCUCGAGUUAGUGUCUUCAUUAGCGAGAGUCCGUAAUAGUGGGAGUUUAUUUCAGUCAAAUGUUUGUAAUUUAGUUUUUCCUGAGAUUUAGCUGCUGACCGUAUUAUUGGCGUGUCCGUUAUAGCGGGGUUUCCGCAAGGCGAGAGUUGAUUGUAUUACUUAUUAACCCGCAAUGUUUCUUGGCAAGAACCAUAAUAUUAUGGCUCAUUAUUUCAACGAAUUCGAACACUUUUCCGCCUUCGAAGUUUGCGGUAAAACCAAAAUGGAAGAAUCACGGUAAUGAAUUCGAAUACAGAGCGUUUAACCAACAACGGAAUGAUGGCAAGGGAAGCGAAAACGUCACUAUUAAAAUGAAUUCUUUCAAACUUUUUCGCGUUUAUUCCAACCCGCUUGAAAUGGCAAAUGUAAGUGAAUUUCCCUGAACUCGAAUUCUUUUCUUGGGGACCAAACCCAAGAUGACGUACAAGAUCAGCUUGCGAAUAUAGCCGUCGCUCAUUGCUCCUCGUCUCUACCGGCGCGUUAAAAUUAGUAAAAUUGCCAAGUUUGAAGAGAUUUGUUAAAAACUAAUGAAGAUAGUGGUUCCUCUAAGGCGCGAAAUUUUUCAGAGGUUUGUAUGGUGGGGGGCACAAACUUGCAAAUUUCCGCAACUAAAUGGAACUAUAUCUUCGCUCGCUUGAGAAGAAUCACUUUCAAAUUUGGCAAUUUUACAAAUUUUAAGGCGCUGUUGACGGAUUUCCCCCUUACUGGUCCAUGUCAAAAGUUGAAAAAACUGUGGAAGGAUCUAUUACUGUUCUAUUUAACCUGAUUCGUUAGUUCCGUGUGAACAGAGCGAAAAUGUUGAACGGUUCCGUAUGAAAGAAGAGUGGAGUCAAAUUUUUCAGCCGUUCGAAAGCUUGUCCAGUGCCAUUUGAAUGCAGCCGGACCACAGGCUAACCAAGGACCUACAGAACACCUUUGAGUCAUUGCUCACUGUUAGGGUUCGCAACGAGAACACUAAAAGCGAGAGUGAAAGAGAACUUAGAUUCACUGUAGUUUUUUAAGUUUCCAAUAUCUCCUACUGUAGUUAUUAGUCUUAUGGCCAACGAACAGGCUCGGGAAAACACGAGGCUGCGAGGCGGCAGCAUGAUAUAGCCGUACGCGAAAGUUCCAAGGAAGAAUGAAACUCGAUCGAAGCUAUGUAAUAUAAGGUAGUGUAAGGUAACUUUGCAGAACACAGAAUAUAAGAAAAAUAUGCCAUGUAAAGUCAGUGUUUCCAAUUCUUUAUGCAGUAGAACAUUUUAGUUCGAAUUGAGUUCAAAAUAUUUUACCCGAAUACACUUCCUGUUUAUGCCGCUAAGAAAAAAUAAUAACGCCGCAAAAUUUAUGGUGUCUUUGAAGCAAAAUAUUCGGAAGGCUUCAUCAGCGCACCAUAAAUCUUUUUUCCUGAAAAGUAGACUUCUUAAGCUUUAAAAGAGACCAAAUUUAAAUCUUUGCCUACGUUGAAUAUUCGCAGACUUAUUAUUUUUCGAGGAUUCUAAGGUCGCUUGUAAGACAACUAAAUUUUACGCAAAAUGACCUGUGCGCAACUUCAGACAAAAACACGAAUUUCAAUGGUUGUCUUUACACUAGGCUGUUAAGUAAGACUUAAGAGUUGCUAAGUCUUACUUAACCAAAGAUAUGUGUUUGAAGGCCUAAAUAACAUCUCAAGUUCAAUAUUUUGCUUUGCAUAUCAUUAAAGUCGAAAAGUGGAAACGAUUCAAGAAAGUUUCAAGUGACUUGAAAACCGAAAACCAUCCUAAAAACCGACUAGCGAACUUGCGGUUUCUUGAGCUUUGAGAAAGGCGAAGCGUAUCAAUCAAUCUUAAUUAUGUUGCGUGGGAAAAUUCAUGACAUUUCUAAACAAUUAAACAGCACGUGCGUAUAGGUUAUUAAUAAAUAUUUGCUCGUUGGCACUUAGCGAUAGCUAUAAUUGGCACAAAAUAUGUCAUUUUGUUAAGUAAAGUUUAUCUUGGCUGCCAAACUUAUGCAUACACUCUCUUCACCCAGCUCUCUGGAAGUAGGUUCUUAGUAGACAAGUAACUUUUUCAGCGUUACGGAAUGAGCUGCGUUUUUAGACUGCAAAACAGUCCGUAUUUUUGCGUAUUCAAGUACGCGCAAGCAGUCAAACAAAAGGCCUGGAACGAGGCUGAAAACAGAGAGCGAGACUGGGGAGAGACGGUUUUUUUCUCUCACGGGCGUGUGAGGCUCCCGCACUUCGCGCGCGUAAGACUCUUACGCCACGCUUUACCGAUUUCUUUACUGAUUUUGAGAAAAAAAACGGCGGCUGUUUUGCAGUCUUCUGCGUUUUAAGCGUUUCAACGCAAAUCGUGAGUUCUUUAUUGAGAAUCUGGGUAAGAGUUCUUAAUGACCGUGUUGAUUCGCUCUAGCACAGUUCGUCGGGAAAAGGUCUGCUUGAGACCCUCGCUUGAGUGUGUUUUUGUUAAGGUGAAGCAGAAUGGGGGAUCAAUACUACGGUGAAAUAAAAGUCCAAUUAUCAGCAAAAAGAUUAUACAUUAAGAUUAAUGUCGAGCGAAGCGCACCGCCCGAGAAAAAAGCCGGGGAGGGGUGGUCCGAGGUACUGGGUGCCCUUUCAAAUUGAUCUGUUGCUGUUAUAAGAAUGCUUCGAUGAACAGAUUUCCUCUUGCUAAAAACGAAUUGAUAUUAUCGCCAAAAGCGGAAUGCGGUGUGUUUUCCACUUUUCAUCAAAGAAACAGCCUGAAAUUUCUGCGCUCUUUUCUGGCUUUGUAAUCCCAGCAUGGCGAUUCCUUGCUCAAUGUAGUUACUGGAUUGAAGGCGGGAUUGUGUAGGAUAUUAGCCAGGAUGUGCAGUGCUAAACCUUAUCUCCUGUUUAAAAUAUCUACCUCAUCAUGAAAGACCUUUUAAUUCACAAAACUUGAGAGAAAAUACCCAUCCUCAACUGAAACCAUGAAAUCCAGGAAAGCAUAUUCCUAUAACAAUUUGAUCAUGUGAUAUUAAUUGUGGAGUUGACCCAAGGCAAUGGACAAUCAUUUUCAGUUCCUGUGGUCCCUCGGUCUUUGAGGACUAAUCUUUUUCUAAAAAAAACUCUCUGGAAAGUUUUUUGAAACAUGACAGUUUAGGAUUUCAGUCGGCCUAAGCUUUACGGAAAGUUAUUCUGCCAUAAAUUAAGAAUUGUAUUGAUUUAGUCUAAUUUUAUAACUUGAAAGGACCAGAGUCUUUUGUCUGCGUAGAACUGAAACUCGAGGAGUCAAACGAGCAAUUACAGUGCUUGCACUUGAGUUUUAGUAUAUUUUAAGUGAUUUCGCAAGUUUGGGUUAGUUUUAUAUUGAAAGUUGUACGAUCUCUUACGAACAUGCUUGGUUUGGUUUAACAAGAAUCUAAUAGUAUGACUUUGAUCAAUGGUAUCUUAUCAAUCCGUGAACUGUAGACUUCCGGCAACUUUUCAGUCUGACUUUACAGUUAGACCCGAACUAUAUUUCCUUGUUGUAAAACCGCACUACCCUCCCCCCCCCCCGAAGUUCAGUUGCAAACCUUUCACGUCCAACAUCGAGAAUAUUUUUCAGGGGAAUAAUUAGAGAAUAUUUUAAUAGCAAUAACAACAACAAUCUUUAUUUUUACUCACUCUUGCUCAAAAAUAAAUUACAGCAAUGAAAAUAUUAAAAGUAAAAAUCAGAGUACUGGCUGCCUGGAAUAACCAUGGGAGCUAGCGAAGCCAGGCAGCCAGUUGACAUCAGUAUUAAAUAAAAUUAAAUUACAGGUCAGCAAGAAAACCGAAGCACAAAUGUAUACGUAAAAAGGAAAAGAAUAAAAAAGGGAGAAGAGGAAAAACGCUAUUUCUACGCUAUGAAGGAAGCCUAAAAUAGUUAAAUAUAUAAAUGAAUACAAAACAUUAUAUAAGAAAAACUUGAAAAGGUGAAUUAGCGCCGGGCUUCGCAUCUGUUCCUGCUUUUUGAUAGCCAGGUGUAUUUUGGGUGGCGAAACCUUGUUCGUGUUCGUGUUGUUGUGGCCGCCAUCUUUGAUUAAUGGCAGAGGAAGAUUGGGGAUAGUAGAAAUAGUAACCCUUAGGGGACCCGUAGGGUGAGUGCAAGGAAGGUCAUUUCCUCCUCUCUUCGGGAGUUUCAACAUGGCGCAUUCGCGUGCCCGAAGAAAACGCCUGUACUGCAGGCUAGCUUUUUGAAGGCGAUUAAAGUUACUCAGGAACAUCCCACUAAGACUAAGCGAUUUCUGUCCUAUUUGUUUUUAACUUAUGCUGAUUUUAGCGUGCAAAUACAGGAUAAAUACCGGCAUUUCAGGUGACAACUAAAAUUUUGGACCAAUUUUUAUUUUGUUUAGGUCCCAUUAUGGAUACAUAUACCAACUGAUGAGUUGGGAUAUUCAUUAUAAAAGCUAAUUGUUGUGAUCUUGUGUCAACGUGAAACCAUCGUUUACAAGACCGAACGUUAGCUAAGCUUAAACAUACGUGUAUAUAACUAUACAGAGCACAUGCAAGAACAAGUUCUCUGCUGAUUAUUCAAUCAUUUAUAACUUUUGGACAGCAUUCAAACUGACGAGUUGUUUCAUUGCACGAAAACCUUUCGUUACCUGAGUUUCUUUUUUUAAAUACCGACCUGAAAGGAACCGUUAUUUAACAAUUUUUCUGUGCAUUGUUUUUAGGAUGAUACAUGCAUUAACUUUUUCCUCCAGCUUUUUUGAUGUCAUAUAUGUAAACAUCAGUAAUAAAUAGCGACAGCUCGGUGUUUUUUAAAUUGUCAGGUCACAAGUUUUCUUUCAUAUUACGCAAUGGAACAAAUGUUUUGUAAUGAAUUAUUGAAUAGUCGAAUGUUAGCAUUUUCACAGAGUUGACGUUUGGAAAGCCACUGUGUACAACAGCUCUUCAGUUUAUCCAAGAGCUUCAUUGUCAACAGGUAUUAUAGUUUAUUGAACUAAAAGCAUUUUGCAAAGCCAUUUUAGGUGAUAUGAAAUAAGGCUGCAAUUACAUUUUUCCUUGUCGGCAAAGCGGUAAUUGUUUUGACCGUAUUCACUUCAGCAAAGUACAGUUAUGUUUAAUAUUGCUGUGUUAUCAUUUAUCCUAAUAAUGCUGUCAAUAAAUUAAAAUAAGGCCUUGCGUUUUUUUCUUUACCUAGUACUCGCACAUACACAGUGGUUGAAGAGCUCUAUAUGUGGCAUACAAUUGCGGUUUUUUGUAUCUUAGCUUUAUUCCUUUUUUUUUUUUUAAUAAGAAAACCGAUUGUAAACGAUUAGGAGCUAACAACAGCUCGGAACAAUCCAGUCCAAAUUUCAUUUGAUUGUAUCUGUAUCGUAAAGGAAGCUAGCGAACUUUUUGGUGGUCAACCAGGCGAGUGCAUAAGUUGUCUUGCCCUCGGUGAGCUACGUAGGUCGAGAACUAUAACAACGUAACACCCCGCUCCUUCAUUGGCAUCCAAAAAAGAACAACCAAAGGAAGUUCGGGCUGAGUACAACCAUAGCAAAUUAUUUACAUGUUGUGCAAAUUCGUGGCAUGCGCACACGCGAUUCGUGUGUGCAACGUUGUAUACAGUUUUGAUGCCGUUGCAAUUGACACAUCUGACACGAGACAGAUCCUCAUCGUAUCUCUAACAGAAAGGAGACAAAAGUGUUAAAGGAGUUCCGUGUUUUUUUUUUUUGCAAUUUGAAGGAUAAAUUAAGGAUGCAAAAACGGUAAGUUGUUUAAUCAGAAAUUCAAGCAUAUAUCGCGAUGCAUGUUUCUAUCUUUAUUUAUAUAUACUAUUAUUAUUAUUAUUUUUUUAACCUUGCCGUUUAAAUUAUUAAUGGUUUGAGAGCUUAUUCGAGGCCCUUCUUUAUGUUCGGGAGAGAUUUAGAGCUCAGUUCAGCUUAGUUCGAGCGCGGGAGACUGAAAUUACACUCGCUCACCAGGGGCAACAUAACUGUAAGCCAGUUAAUAGCCUGUUCCAGGCUCUAAGAUAGUGGGGAAGACGCGAAAGUGAAAGGCACGCGAGCGUGGACGCCGCUUGCCAUCUUUCUGAGUGACAGGAACAACCCGCCUUGAGAGUGUUGAUAUAGCAACCUGUCAAAUCUGACCAAUCAGAGGGUAUACCAGGAGCUGGAGGCCGUUUAAAGAAAUGAUUAUGGGCUCCGCCGCCCUUCCUCUCCUCAUUUUCCUCCCGUUUUUUCAUAUUCGCGCUUUCUUAAUUCAGUGGACCCGACUACCUCAGAGCCUGGAGCAGGCCAGCCAGUUAAUUUUAAGGGAACAUCGUUCAUUUUUUCGAAUGGCCAAACUGAAAAAAAGUCAUAAUUUGUUUCCCUCUUCCUAUCGUCCCCCGCGCGCUUUCUAUGUUUCGAUCACAUUUACUGUAUUGAUAUUUUUAUUAAGAUACUCAGCGGGAGCCUCUGCGGAGGAGAGAGCGUUGUUAGGGGCUCGUCACAAACUUCUGCUGAAUCGACCGGUAAAAAACGUAGACCAAUCAUAGCACACUCCUUGAUCUGGGAAAUGCACUUUGGACCGUCAGAAAAUUCGCGCGAGACUCGAAAGGUGAAGACCUUUUAAUUUUAGAACAGAAGUCGGCUUUACUACAAAACAAUAAACUGCGAAAAAAAGUCUGCCUUUUGUUCAGUUACAACGUACAACCCCUCCGUUGCCUCACCCACAGACCAACUUCAUGAGCAAAUGACAUCUAAUCCAGCCUUUACGAAGAGAAAUAUGUCAAACAUACAAAACGCCCACUUUCAUCUCCUAAAUAUUGUUGCCCGGAGCUAAACACGUCGGUCACGUAAACUCUACCGAGCUUGUAUUCAACAGCGCCGAUUGGUUGUCUUCGAUAAUCUGCACGUGAGCUCCAGCUGAUAUUUGCAAAGUCAGCAGACGUUCGUGGGGCAGGAACGCGUGACAAACCCCCCAGAGCGUCUUGCGUAGUAGGCAGGCUUCGUAAGGCUGUGCACGUGGCAUACAGGCGAUGCUCAAUAAGACACUGGUUUGACAUUAUAAUUUGCCUCUGUGCAACAGCACAUUUUCCGUCUCAUACAGUUGAACUGUCAAGCAUGCUUCAGGGCUUCAGGGCAAAAACCUGGACCUGAAGCAGCAAACGAAUCUCGGGUUGUGAUAAAUGUGCUGCAAGCUAAGAGAGGUGAGAUGACGACAUGGUGUGGUGCGAGGUGUUUGAAAUAGAAAAGGAAAUGGCAGCGGAGUGAAAGAUAGGAAGCUUAACCCUUUAAAGCCUAACGCCGCAAUAUAUGCGUAAAAAAACCCUACUGGUACAUGCGUUAAUGCGUUAACUAACGCUUCUUGUCUUACUUCAGUUACAACCUUUUGGACAUUUAUUCAUAGCACUAAAUAGUAGAUUUUGCAAUUAUGAAAGCACACAAACCAACUGCAACUCCCAAUUUUCAAUUUAUAUCGUCGUUCGUUUGGCGAAGUCCAGAAAGCCAGUUUUUUGGCCGAAAAUCAUCACAGACAAUUAUACCUUUUCAUCGUCGAUUUUUCUGAUUUUUUAGGCAAAAAAUUUAUUUAAAAAUCGAAAGUCUGCAUUUACAGCAAUUCUCAAGGCCAUAUCUUGGUAUCCAGUUGAAAUUUUUUCUCUCGCUUUUUUCACAAAGCCCUGCUUAGUUGUUUGAAGAUAUAGUCGUUAAAUUUCUUUUUUUCAAGGCCAUACAAUCAAAGCGAAACAAAGCAAAUUAUAAUGCUAUCGUAGCUUCACGGCCAAGUCGAUUAGAUCACUUUGCCUGCUUUAAUACGGACAGGCGACCUUCAGUGCUUAGGUCAAAUCUGUUCCACAUUCUUGAGAUGAAAGAAGUCAGAGCUUUUAUAGCCUGAGAGCAGGUUGACGUGCGGCGAGAAGAAUGGAUGGUCGCCCCAUUUUUAAUGCUGGAUACUGUAUGCUAUCUUCAGAGUAGCUUGCGCCGACGUCUCUUCCGUCAAAAUACUCGCUUCCCCUAAAUAUUAACGUAGCAAUUCAGCUUGCUCACAGGUUGCAACAUUCACUUUCACGAUGUGCAGUGUUUCGAACCGACAUGUAGAUGUGUGUUAAAAUAGGAGCAGAAGUUAUUGGUUUCUAUUUGUCAAGUCGUAAAUUAGUUUCGGAAAAACGAAACAUAGUAAUAUCCGGCAUACAGUUUAGAAAGAACUCGGAUGACGGUUCGCUUUAGCCGGUUCCAGGCGUUCAAAUCGUGGGGACGGCGCAGCGUCGACUCAACUAUCCGAACGGCUACUGUAGGUUAGCCUGUUCCAAGCGUUCAGAUAGUGGAGAGCGGUGCAGAGUAAAGAAAGCGAUGAAAAGUAGAGGGGGCUCCUUUUUACUUCGCACCGCUCCCCACUAUCUGAACGCCUGGAACAGGCUACUGUAGGUUGGCUUGAGUUCGUGUUACCAGGUUACUGUCAUUAUCCCAACAAAACGUGAAGUACUUUGUUGUCAAUCAACUAGCUUCUUGAACCUAGGAGGUGCUGCUUCCUACAGUCCCGGGGGUAUCGUUAGGAGUAUUUCAGGUGGAGGAGUUCCGCCGGAUUCUCUUUGCCCCAAACUUAUUAUUAUUCUAUCUUGAAUGACUGGUUUUCUAAAGCAACAAAUCCAACGCUAUCACACUAAAUGAAAAGUUUGCGACAUUGUAGCUGAACAUAGGCUGAUACAGGCCUAGCGUUACACAGUCCCAUCUCAGCAGUACCGCCCUAAAAACGUUCAAAGAACACCUCCGGAUUGAUUACAUGUGAAGAAAACGCGUCGGUGAAACCUGAAUACGUUAGUGACGCAGGAUUCACAACCGAUGAAGACAAACCUGUAGGCUUUGACAAGUGUGUUCACGUACUUUUAAGAUUCUCGGAGCUUGGUGAUUGGAAACAACAACCGACCUUGUAAGUUUUAAUACACGGUCCGGGUCGAUCGUUUAUGGUUGCGUGAAGGACCGGCUACAAUGAACCGGUUGAAUCGAUUUGGCUUUGCUCUGCUUUUUGUUCGAGGAUUAAGAGCCACUGAAUUUUUCGGCUCCAUAUUUACGAAGCAAUUUCAGAUCAUUUGUAUCUUUUCUAGUGCCUAAAAGAACAAGAUUUACUGAGAAUCCAUCAAGUCAGUGAAACAAAAGGAGUGAGUCAAGAAGAUUUUGUGCGGAUUUGCCCGUCGCUAGUUCACCAGCUUCUGGAGGGUGCCUGCAUUGAAGUUCAAGAGUCUGAGAGCGAAGACGAGGAAAAUACAGAUCCCAAAAUGUUACAAGGUGAGUCACUGCACCCUUGCAGUUGUUAUUUCCUUCCUUAGAGGGUAAGCUAAAAGAGGUUAAACCAAACUGGACGAGUUCCAGUGACCUCAGUCACUGUUCCAUGAACUGAUGAUGAAUCCAUCGAAACCCGGCUCUAAUCCGCUUCACAUCCAAAGUGAACUAGUGACGGAUAUUUUAUGUUUCUCUUUUUCUUUCAAGAGCUUGGGUCUUUAUUCCGUCUUUCGCUGUUCAUUCGCACGAUUUAGGAAACUUGCAUGGACAUUGAUAACCCGAACAGUCCUAGCAGUAGGCUCAAUAGAAAGGUCUCAGUGGGGUGCCGUCUUAAGCAAUACAAUACAAUAGCAAUUGUUUGGUUUGUGACCGUAAAACAACAAAAUACCAACUUAUUGUCGGAUAAAACAGACGCUUUAAUUUUUAGACGAGUUUAUAGAAGUCCACUUCGGAAAAUUGUAUGGGAGAUAUUUUGUAUACAAAUACACAGUCAAAUAAUCAAUUUUAGUUAACUCUAACUUCGUUUUUGGGAGUGCGGUUUUAGAUAGUGCUUGACGUUUUUUUCUACCUUAAAAAUUCUUUUUUGUACGUUUGUCUUUUGUUAUGUUUUCUUCCUAUGUAGGACUAACGUGUACUUUCGUAAUAAACUGUUAGCCUGAGCGGGCCAGUACUUGGUAAAAAAAGAAUGGAAGUCUUACGAACAUCGUCAUAAAGUGGCAUAAAUGUGCAACAAAUGAUAACGCUUUCUAGACUAAACCCCUUUAUUGUUGUUUGUCGAAAAAGAGGCCCAAAGAGCUUGUUAAACUGCUUGAAUUGCUUGUUGACUUGAGGUAUAUUAGCCUAUUCACACCCUCACGUCCGUCACAACAGUUCAAAGUAUGUGUGUCGCAUCAUUGAACUGAACUGGGAUAAUGGCUACGAUUACGUGACCUCUAAGAACGUCAUGGUCUUGCGGGAGGGAGGGGGAGGGGGGAGGAAGUGAUUUCAGUGUGAAAGGGACGGAGGUGUUCGUCGGAAAAUUGGAAUUUAAUCCUUGAAUGAGACCGUUUUAGACUUGGCUCAAGUUUUAUUUCAGUGACUUCUAAAAAUAUGACUCUGCAGCAGAUAGUCAAAUAUGGGUUCCAAUUCAAAUUUUUUGUUACACUCUUAUGAAAUGAAUCAUGUAGACAAGAUAUGUUUGUUUGUUUUCUUAGUCUGGGGAUAUGGUGUCCUGUCAAUCACUGUCAUUAGCCUGACGUCACUGUUAGCAAUAGGAAUCAUUCCGCUGAUGGGCAGAUCAAUUUAUAAAAAGAUCAUGUCAUUUCUUGUGGCUCUGGCUGUAGGCACCUUGUCUGGAGAUGCUCUUCUUCAUCUCAUUCCUCACGUGAGUACAGAAAGAUACGAAAAGAGAUUUCGAAAUUUCGAUAAGAAAAUUAAUGUGCAACUGAUUAGGUAAGACUGACUGACUCUUUGACUGACUAAUUGAUUAAGUGAAAUAACAAAUGAAUGAAUUUAUGAAUGAAAGAAAGAACCAAAAAAUGAAUGAAUAAAUAAAUGAACGAACGAACGAACGAACGAACGAAUGAAUGAAUAGAUUGAUGGAUUGAUGAAUGAAUGAGUGAAGAAAUGAAGAAAAUAAGAAGAAAAUCGUCAGUAGCUGUAAAACUCCUCUGAUUUUUUAAGGAGAUGAUCCGAUACGUUGAUUAGCGAGAAAAAUCGACCAUUAAUGAAGAAAUUUAAAAUCAAAAUGUUCCCAUAUAGUCGAGUCUCCAUACGCGACCAUCUCUCUUGAACGACCAACUUUUCAGGCCUGUGGUCAGAUCACUUCUUUGUGAGUGAUCUCAGUACUUUCUAAUGUAACGGUUGUAUAAUUUUCCUUUGUUUUUAAUCUCUUGUAAGCGACUAAUCUGAUCUCUAUGUUCGAAGUAUGCAGUACGCAACUAGGGUCUUCGUAUACUGACAAAAACUAUUUUACUAUUUCUUACUUCAAUUUUAGGCAUUUGACUCAAAUCACACUGCUGACUCCGAUAAAAGCGAUGGGCAUAAGAUUAACGUCUAUAAAUCCUGUGUUAUUAUGGCUGGAAUCUAUGUGUUUUUCAUGGUGGAAUGUGCAAUGAAAGCUCGCUUAGGAAGAAGAAAACAGACCCAACAUAAUAUACAUGUGUGUGACGAUGUUACGACACCAGACGAAAUGGUAGGGUAGCCAUCUUGUUGUUCUGUUUUCUCCAGGGAUAAUUGGUUCCUGCCCAGGUGUCUGUUACUCGAAUAUACCGGUAACUUUUCGGGCUCUAAAACUGUUUUAUGUUCUUCGUGUUUGCAUUCAAGAUAUAAUUUGACAAUGAUACAACUAGUAAUAGUUGACAAUACAGCUGCCCCCGUUCUGUAUGUUGUCGAUCAGUAGUAUUCUUGCUCGUUGUGUAGCUCUUUGAAAUAUACCGAUUCAUAAUGAAGAUUUUUACACAUAUUCCAUACAGUAGGUGAGAUAAAUACAGGAAACGCAAGGUUCCAUGCACAGUUUCAGGUCGAUUUACACAGCUUUGAUCAAAACAUUCUCAGUUUCGAGAAUAGUUUAUUCUAAACCAUAAGAAAAGAUUUAUUUAGAAGUUGAAUUUUUCGCUAUUUCUCUUUCCCUUUCUACAUUCAGUUCAUUUUAUUUGCCGGAAAGUAAGCCUUAGAAAUUAAAAGGACGUUUGAUCGAUUCAUGCUAGCGCAUUCUAGUCUUAUUUGAAACUUUAUAACGGAAGGACAUCUGUGAGCAGGGAAUAAGUCAGCACAGAAUUUGAUUGUCGGCGAAUUUCUGUAAAUGUCCAUCACAGUCUGCUAGUGAUAAGCUAGCCGUUGUUCACUCGUCUUGCUUGUUUGUGGCUGAGUCUUAUUCCCGUCAAAGAGAGAGAAAGAGUGUCUGGCGAGGUUUCCAAUAUAAAUCAAAGAUUUGUGAACUCGUGUCUCUCCGGGUGUUUAUAUAUACACACAGUUAAACGCACCUUAUAACCUCGCCUGCGCUUAACGAGUGUCUUUUGGUCCAUAACUUUCAAAACAACUGCUCCACAGAAUGUCACUGCGUAACGCAAGAGUAUCACGAGUAUGACUGCACAAUAAAUGUCACAAAAUCUACCUGAGCGGUCCCUUCGGGAUUUUCUGUCUUUACGUCAUCCUAACCAUUUCGCACUUGCGGGCGCAAACAAUAGAAACGUCAUCAUUACCUACCGAUUCCUCGCGGCCCCAGUUCGAGCAAAUCGAGAUUUUUUCUAGUAUACUGACUGUAUAUUUGAACUGUAAGUACUGUCCUUAAUAUACGCGCGAGUUACUAGGGUGCCUCCUCGGGAUUUCGCCUCUGGGCGAAAUCCCUGCGGGGGCAAUGAAACUAUCAGUUAACGAAGCUGACAGUUCAUGGUUUGAUUUUAAUUUUUUCCUUCGGGCCCAAAAGUUACCUGUCCUUUCAAGAAACGGGCCCCCGGAUGGCCAGGAUUAGGGAAAGUGCUGAGGUUUACAAAAGUAGAAAGGUUCAGACAAAUUCGACGCAAAGUGAAAUCAGUAUUCAGCUGAUCCAACGUAGUGAACUGACAUCCAGAGGAGUGACAAAAGGUUUGCGUUCAAUUUCGUCCCCAGUUUCCUUUAUCUCCUUACCCCGGAGAGAGCGAGGAAAGAACAAAGGUCCUGGGGGAGAUUUUGUUGUUUUUUAAAAAUGACUCCGUUAGACGCACACCGAAGAGGAGGUCCACGCAUAAAAUCAAACUCUAUUUGGCUUUACAUUAGAACACCGUGAACUUGAACUUACAUUUUAGUUAUUCUUUUAUUUACUCUUGGCAGCAUUUGUAGCGCUUAGGUUAGUGGGACCGAGCAGAUGACUGAACGAUUAACCAGCGGGGAAAAAUUUUAUAUGUUUUUCACUGUUGGAUUUUUCUUCCCGUUUAGUCCAAACCCCUGGUCAAAAAAGAAAGCAGGAAUUUCGACAGAAGUGUAUCAGAGUGGAGGAAUUGAAUUCAGAUUCUCUGAGAUCCAUUUGAGCUGAUACUCCUCUGUCCUUGAUGCAACACAUAAGAGGAUUUAUAAGAUAAACCCAAUUACAACAUAAAACAGGGAGCCUACUUCUCACGUCAUGCAGAAUAUGCUAUAUAACUGGCGUAGGCUGAGCCUAUGACUCACAGGAACUUGUCCAAGACUAGUACAAGACCCCCCUUCCCUCCCCUCGGAGUGUAUUGACUGUGCGUUUGAACCUUUAACAGCCUAGACUUUUUUAUGUAUCGUUGCGUACGUACACAUUCAAUAAAGUUACACGAAAAGAAGCAUAAGUAUUAAAUCGCGAUGAAACGUUCUAGCUUUAAUUCCUGCUUUGAAUGCUGUACUUUUUAAGCGAUUUUUGACAUAAGAAGGGUCUCAAAGAAUUUCGUGAUAUUUUUAACCAACUCUUUCUAAUGAUGACAUGCUUUUCUGUAUUAAGUUUAAAACAUGUUUAUUUGGCUCAUAACUUGUUAUGAAUGUUUCUUUCUUAUAACAGAGCCUGAAGGAAAAGAAAAAAUGUGCCAAGGAGUAUCAAGCAAUGGUUGGUUCCAGACUCGCUGGUACUCACCGCUGUAUAAGCUAUGAUGAUGCACACUUUCCAAAAGUAAGCGGUCCUUUGUCUCAGACUUAUAAGCCAUCUUCAUGUGAACUCGUUAUUGUGGAGCCUGCGAAAGAGGUACGCACCAGCAACACGCCAGAGAGCUCCCAGGAAAAAGUGCCCUUGUGGGAACCUAGUUGCCAUGGCCACCAUUGCUACCAGCGAGAUAGUAUGAGUGAAGCAAGCAAGCACAGCUAUAGUGACACAGAACUGAUUUCUGCUUUAUAUGGGAAAUCUUGUAUUCACCCAAACCUUUACAUCAAUGAAAAUUUUGCUGGCAACGCUAGUGAUAGUAGCAGCCAAACCAAUCGUGGUGUUAGUCAAGGUCAUUGUCACCGUGGUCAUGGGUAUAGGUACCAGGUCACCUCUGUAACUACAGACACCAGCACGGAUGAUGCUGCAAGUGAAAGUGGAGAUCAACAUUAUGAGGAGAAUCAUAAUCAUCACCACCAUCAUCAUCACCACAGCCACAAGAUCGACAAAAACACAUCAAUUGCCACUGUAGCGUGGAUGGUGAUUGUUGGUGACGGAUUUCAUAACUUCAGUGAUGGAUUGGCCGUCGGUGCUGCGUUUUCUGCCUCACUGACCAGCGGUCUCACCACUGCUAUAGCGGUGUUUUGUCACGAGUUGCCUCAUGAAUUAGGUGAGAUUUAUUGCCGCAGUAAUAAAUUUCUCUCGACUCGUCAUAUCAUGGGUUGAAAACUUGUUCAAAAAAAUUUUCCUGGGAAAAUUGAUCUUUCAUGCUAAUGAGCGACUUGAAAUGAUCAUUGGAAGGAUCCGGCGCCUAUUUUUCUUCGACCGGCGUUUUCGUUGGCGACGCCGUUCUCCGAUCGUAAAGCCCCUUAAGCAACCAUCACGGCAACGGAAGAAGUAACGUCACAAAUUAAGUAAAUUCCGUUCUUUUACUUCUUGAAUUUGAAUUCUUAGGCACGUAAAGCAGUUUAGAAAGAUAAAGUUCGUUUUGUGUUCACACCCUUCAUGUAACAGUGUUCGUGUGAUUUUAGGUACGACUUCAUAUAGUGUAGGCAAACCUGCGGCGAUCUCCUCUCGAUUUGUCGCCGCCAAGUGGCCUUGUUUCGGACCUGCUUGAAUUUCGGUGCGAUUUAUCGGCGAUUUUUUUGGCGAAAGAGUUACCAAAACCCUGCCUUGGCAAAUGGACGUGUACAUCACAAAAUUCUGCAGUAACCACUCCCUGACUAGAAGUUGUAGUACUGAAUUAAGUUCGCAAAGAAGUUUUACCAUCAAAGAUCGCAGCAAAAUUAGCGCGGAAAAUGGCCAGCAUAAUCGGGCCUUUUUGGAUGUUCUAGUGAACCUUCAACUUUGUUAGCUGAUAAGUCAACUAGAUAUAGGAAAACGUCAAACUAUUCUGUAGGGAAUUUACAAUUGCAGAAAAUGGUGGUCACGUGAGUGAAAAAUGCGAGCACUCGCGAAUAUUGCUUGCAAUCAGGGUGUCGUCUCUUCUCCUGGCAGUCCUUUCACCGGGCGAUUUCAUUUCUGUGCUCAUGUUAAGCGUAUUUUAAGCCAUUCGGAAAGGUUUAAAGAAUCUAGAACCUAACAUUGUUUUUGAAAUUUCAGGUGAUUUUGCCAUCUUGCUCAAGUCAGGUCUCACAUUUAGACAGGCUGUGGCAUACAACUUUGCAUCGGCCAUCAUCUCCUAUAUUGGUCUAGUGUUGGGAAUUAUCAUUGGUGACAUGGAGUCCGCUCAUUCCUGGGUGUUAGCACUCACAGCUGGAAUGUUUUUGUACAUAUCUCUUGUUGAUAUGGUGAGUCAGGUGUAUUUUCUUCUAAUUAUUAUUUUCUUAUUUUAUUAUUAUUUUCGAAUCCGUCAGGAAAUUGAGUAAUUUUAAUUUUCAGUGGACAAAAACCUUGUACCAGAAUAUUUUAAACCAUAUCGCAUUCUUUUUUACCCUUUUCAAGGGUUAUAGAUAUAAUUAGUUAUUUGUAGCCCGAGAAAAUAAAAUUUCAAAUUUCACAGGAAUUGAGAAAAAACGCGUAAAAUUUCAUGCGUAAGAUCUCGUUUUGUGAAAUUUGAAUCUUUUGAAAUUUGCUUUCUCGGUCUCCCAUAAGAAUUUUUUUUUUUGGUGUUGUAACACAUCACUAAUUACAUUCUCUAUAGCCGUACACCAAAGUCACUCUUUAAGGAGUCAGGCCCCCUUUAUUUGUAGAAACGUUACCCUGGGAAAGAGAGGCACCCUUCUAGCGGUUAUGUGAAAGAAAAGCUGACCCUUUGCCCGAGAUAUAGCAGCGCUCGCAUAAGCUCUGAGUGUCUCACAAUGAGCUACAAUGACCGAGAUGAUGCGGCUUGCUAGUACGAUAAAGAAUUAGUGUCACGUUUACAACAAACGACAAACAUGAAUUUGUACCACCUGACCUAGUUUUCCCUUAAUUUGUUCUUCCCUGUUCAUUUCUUUUACCCCAAAAUUAGUAGCUUAGCAUUAGUUUUGUCUAUAACAAUUGUUUUGGAUUAGCUGCACAUUUUCUAUUUGAGAAAUUCUCUGCUUGUAUCUGACGUUUGCUGUUUACCGUAAAUGUCACUCUAAAUUUCGCUAAUAUCAACCCAAACUCGCGCUUAUAAAACCUGAAAAUGACUAAGAGCUGAAAACGGGAAGUAUCCUUCUUGUUGUCGAAUUUUUGCUCACCCAUUCUCAAUUUUUUUUUUCUCAUCUUUUACACAGCUUCCUGAGCUGAGCAACUUUUUAGAAGAAGGUGGUGGCUUGUCUGUGGUCUUAUCACAGAACAUAGGAAUACUAACGGGUGUAGCUAUUAUGCUAGUCAUAGCCUUAUAUGAAACUUAG